AUGAAGAAUAGAAAAAGAAUGCUGAAGAGGAGGAAAAAUAGCAGUAACCAUUUUCCUAAAUACAACCUAAUACUUCAUUGUAGUAGCCACUAGGUUAAGCAUAAAAUACUUAACCUUAGAGCCAAUUUUCUUUUAGUGGACCGAACUCUACUUAGUAACAAUAAAAUUAGAAUUAGUAAAACUCCUUUGCUUUAGGAUAGGAUUAGAAUUAGAUUAAACAUUCAAACACUUUUUCUACCUAGCAAUAAAAAUUGCCUGUUCAGCAAUUAUAGCAUUCUCAGACUUCUAAGAUGUUUGGAUUCUAACAUCCAAUUCAAACUGAUCCAUUCAAAGAUGGAACUUUUGCUACUCCUUAAACAAACUAAGAUUCUAAGACUUAGCACUUAUCAUCCUCCUAAACUGGUGCAUUUGCUCUAGGGAGCCUAAUAAACAUAGCAUCUUUAGAAUCAUCCAAGCAAUUUUUCUUUUUCUUAACCUCAAAUCCAGCCUGACUAAACUUAAAAUAAAUCAUAAGCAAUUCCUUAAGCUAAGUCUUAAUUAGUUCCUUAGUAAUUAGUUUAAUAGUAACCAAUCCGAAAGUAGAAUAAUACUUAGCAAUCAAUUCCAAAAAGUUAAUAGCCAAUUUAAGUCUAAAUUUCAAAGUAAGUAAUGCUUUAAAGUAAAUAAAAGACUCCUAUCCAAGUUCAAAUCGAAGAUUUUGAAAGGAAGAUGAUUGAUCGUUAUAACAAAGAAGUAGUUGAUCUCCUGAAACAAUUUAGAGAUAAUUUGCCUACUUUAUAAUGCCUCAAAGAUGAUCUGAUAGCAAAUAACGUCAAAUGGGACAAACUUGAUCAAUUGCUAAGUAAUAGCAUAACUUCCACUAGUAUUUAGAUUAGCUAAAAUCAGAAAAAGGAAGAGAUAAGAGAAUAAUUAUUCAAGUCUAAACAAGUGAUAGGAUAAUUUGAGCUCCAUAAAGAUGAUUAAGGGUUAAGGUAGCAUGAAGGUCAAAGACUGAAAGAUCUUCUUGUGUUUGAUGAUUCUAGAGAGGACAAUAAGUAGUAAUUUAAUAAAGCACAUAAGUAGAAAUAUGUGACCAUCGAUGAUAAGGUAAUAGAUAUUCUUGAAAGAACAAAUUCUUAAGAGAAAAAGUCAUCGAAGUCAUAAGAAUUAAAUAAGCUAAUUCAAAGAUUCAGUGAAAGAGUUAUAUCCCUUUAAUCAAAUGCUUAGAGAUAUUAACCUUAAAAUAAUCCUAGAAACAAAUUUUUAACUAAAGGCGGUAAUUUUAAGGCAAACUUAAUUAUUAAUCAGACAAAAGCAGAUAUAAGAGUAUUCUGA